AUGUUGGGUGGCGUGGGAGGCCGGCACAUGUCUACGCGUCGGCGUGGCAGUAGCCCGCUGGUGCGUGCAGGUGCGGGCCUCGCAGGAUAUGCCGGACCAGGGGCCUCUGGAAACUCGAACGACGUCGCUGCGAUACCACCGGAUGUGCAGAGAUACGCUGCCAGGAGACGCGGAGCGGUUACCACCAGCGACCACAAGAGUUGCGCCCUUGUGCAGACCCGUAUCAAAUUCGGCGAUAUCAUGUGA